CUUUAAGCCUGACAGUAUUAGCGUUAGUCUUAGUUUAUUAAAGUCUGGCUUGCUAAUAUAUAGCUUAUAGUCUCUGAGUCACGUGGUGGCUGUUGCCCUUUGCCUGCUGGGGUGCAAAGGUGGAGGCGCGACCCCGUUAAAGAUUAACUGAAGCUCCUUCCACAGUAUUAGAAGUGUGGAUGUUGUUGAAGGAAAGAAGACGGGACUGUUGUUUAGAUCUAAACAGGGACGGCUGAGAAGAUGACGGCGACUUGGUGUGUGAAUCUCCUCAGGAAACGGAGGUUUUGGCGCGAAACUUGCCGCAGGUCACCGCUGGUCAGGGGUUUGGCGAAUAAGAGUGAUGAUGGUUGGUUGAGGUCCAUGUUUGCACACAACGUGGAUGCCAGGAAAGAUGCCCACUCCAACCUGCUCUCCAAGAAAGAGACCAGCGGCCUCUACAAAAUACAGUUUCACAAUGUCAAACCAGAGUGCUUGGAGGCCUACAACAAGCUAUCAACUGAGGUCCAUAAAGAGCUACACAAUGAUGCAGAUUACCCCUGCGAAGUGGUGGGAAGCUGGAACACAUGGUAUGGAGAACAGGACCAGGCAGUGCAUCUGUGGCGAUACUACGGUGGAUAUCCAGCACUGACAGAAUGCCUGAACAAACUUAGACUUAACAAGUCAUAUCUUGAGUUUCGCAAAGAGAGGAGUAAAAUGCUGAUCUCGCGACGGAACCAGCUUCUGCUCGAGUUCAGCUUCUGGAACGACCCCGUACCCAGACCUGGACCAAAUUUAUACGAACUGAGAACUUACAGAUUAAAGCCUGGCACAAUGAUAGAGUGGGGAAAUCACUGGGCCCGAGCCAUCAAAUACCGCCAAGAGAACCACGAGGCUGUAGGAGGAUUCUUCACACAGAUUGGAGAGCUGUAUAUUGUUCACCAUCUGUGGGCUUAUAAGGAUCUGCAGUCCAGAGAGGAGACCAGAAACUCAGCGUGGUUAAAAGAGGGCUGGGAUGCUAACGUGCAUUACACAGUCCCUUUAAUCCAAAGCAUGGAGUCGAGGAUUUUGAUUCCCACAGCUAGCUCCCCUCUGCAGUGAUGGAGAAGAAGACAGAGCCUUUGGAGUUCACAGACGUGAAGAGAUGGUGAUGCUCCAGUGGAUUCUCAUCUUUCCUGGACUGGAAAAUGACUUGGGGGGGGGGGGGGGGUUAUUAGAUUCAGCUGAAAAAGAAACUUGAGUUUUAACAUUUUUAUAUCUCUUUCUUGGAAAAAAUGAAUCAAAUGCAUUACUUUCCACACUGCUGUUCAUUGUUUCCUGUGAAUUCAUUGCUCGUUCAUGUGUAAAGCAUUGAUAAAUGAACGAAUGCAAAUGCAUAUUUCAUGUUAUCAUAAAGUGAAAAAUGAUGAGUUCCCAGAUAUUUUAAGUGUGUUAUGCACAUUUCACAUGACCCUGGGGGGGUAAAAAACCCCGGCUCUCUGAAUCUGAAUCUCAGAUGGCCCCUUACUAUACAGUGCGCUGUGUAGGUCAUGAUUCUAAAUUAUGCACAAGUGUAAACAAAUGUUAGGCAGGGAAUCCAACAACUUAUGGAUGAAUAGAAAUGUCUUUAUAUGUUCAAUAUAUCACUGUUAUCAGAUCAAAACCUUGUAACUCCAGAAUGGUAACUUUACAGGAGAAGGAAAAACAUGCUUUACUUAUAAUGGAAGUCAAUGGAACCAGAGUUUUUUUCCAAGGUUUUGUUCCGAUAGCAGCGAUAUAUCUCAGAUUUGGAGUGAAGAAGCUGUGAUUUCACGACCUACAUAGUGGCCUGCAUAGGGAAUAGGGAGCAAUUUGGGAUUCAACCACUGCGUUCAAGAUUAAGAACACUAUAUGAGCUGUCAAGCAUGAUGCACUGUUCAAAAUAAAUGUUAUAUGGUAGAAAUAAA